AUGGCUACUACAACAACAAUAUUCCUCAUGAGCGAUGCCACCCUCCCCCUCUCACCCAUAAUCUCGCACACGCCUCCCCAGUCCGUGGCCGAAGCAGAGGCAGAGGCAGAGGCCGAGACCGAAGUCUACAGAAGACAGGCCUACGCAAUCCGGGGUCUCGUGUACCCUGGCCCCCGCCGUAUCCUCCACAGCAAGCGACCAUCGCUGGCCAAGUCCUCGUCAACGCCCAAUGCAAAGAGGCCCAAGAGUCUGGGUGGUUGUGGUGGAAGCAAUGGCGGUGGUGCGGGGCAGACAGUUUCAGCCGCCCCCAAGCCUUCGCCUGCACCUGCAGAAGAGAGUUUUGCCACAAAGGAGCCCUCGUUUGCGCGCCUGAUUGAAGACCUCCUGAGAACACAUUCGUCCACGGCCUCGCCGUACGGUCAGCACUUGUCACACUCAAUCCUAAACGACAGCAAUAAAGUCUACCUCGGUAAUUUCUAUGGCGGCCUCGGACCCGGAUAUUAA